AUACAGGCUGUUCCUGCUCUGCUGAGGAGUGGAAGGGCUGACAGUGGAAGCAUCUCAGAUCCGGUGCAGGACGAAGGACGAAACCACAGAGACCAGUCCAAUCAGACAGAAACAUAGGGGAGAAACGUUGAAGAUGAUGCAAUCAGGGCUAGACAACCUGACCAAGCAGAGGAUGUUGCAGGCCAGAGCUCUGUCUCAGGAGGCCAGAGGAGGUCUGAACUUGGGAAAAAAGAUCAGUGUUCCUAAAGAUGUGAUGAUGGAAGAGCUCAACCUUUCAUCCAAUCGGGGCUCUCGCAUGUUUCAAGAGAGACUGAAGAGGGCCGAGAAGUUCACUGUGGAGAACGCAUCCAGCGGUCCUUACAACAGUGUUCAUCUCGAGGCCAGUCCUCCCCAGCAGAUCGCCCCCGAGCUGCAGGGAGGAAAAGAGAACCAGGCUUUCUCCAUCCCGGGUAAGCAUAGCCUGGUCAUGAACCUUCAGAAGACGGUAGCAAAGAAGGGCAGUCCUGAUGUCCUGGCUCCAGGGUAUUGUGGACCUUUGAAGGAAAUUGCCCAUGAGAAGUUCAACUCAACAGUAAUCCCCAAAUCCUAUUGCUCCCCGUGGAUGGAAGCUUUGGGAGACAGCGAAGCGCUUCUGAAUUCCCUCAACACCCAGCUGCCACAAGCCCCACAAAGCCUACAGCCUGCCAACUACAGGUGCUUCAACAGAUCUGCAAUGCCAUUCGGUGGCACGAUGACCAGCAAGAGAGUGAUUCCAGUUAUUGGCUUCGAGGCUGUGGAGUCCCAGAACCUGCCCGGCAACACUUUAGACCGCAUGUACCGACGACCCAACUUCAACAAAGCGCCCAGAGGAUGGGGCACCAACUUCAGUCCCGAAUCUAAUGAACUCUGAAAUCGAGUUAAUAAGCUAAAGACUGCAGCACAAACAUCUUCUCUGACAAGACAAUCCAGCUGAUGAGCGUAAGAACGUGGAGAAGUGAAAAAUAACUCUGAGACAUGAUAAAUUAAAGUGAUCUGCUACUGAUUUGAGCUCUUGAGCCGAACACAGCUGGUAUACAAUCAAAUCUGAGUGAAAACCACAGCUGGAUGAGUCUUAGAUUACUUUAGUCUUGCGCCUCU